AUGUCUGGACGCGGAAAGAGCGGUAAGGCCAGAAGCAAGGCAAAGAGUCGAUCCGCCAGGGCCGGACUUCAAUUUCCCGUUGGUAGAGUACACCGCUUCUUGAGGAAGGGCAACUACGCUCAGCGCGUUGGUGCUGGCGCCCCUGUCUACUUGGCGGCAGUCAUGGAGUACCUCACGGCAGAAAUACUGGAACUGACUGGUAAUACUGCUCGAGACAACAAGAAAUCAAGAAUCAACCCCCGUCAUCUACAGCUCGCUAUCCGAAACGAUGAAGAGUUGAACAAGUUGCUCAGCGGUGUCACCACAACAUCGUAA